AUGAGCGAGGGCAAUGGAAGGGACGGUGCUCGAGGGUGAGGUCACGAUCCAGCCUCGAAAGGAUUUCACUGAUAUUAAAAUGGAUCCAUAAAGUAUAAGUUUACGAAUUUUGACGUUGUAAAGCGCUUGAGUGAUCGAAAAAUAGUGAAAAUCAAAAAACAUUAAAAAAAUAAGCUCCAAAAUGACAAAUCCAAUUUCAAAAAAAUCCUGUGAAGUACUGUGGCCGAAGAAAAUGCUGGACAACGCUACAUCGAAAAGUCAGGAAGAUCAAUCCAAUUUCACCUCAACGCAAUUGCGAACGCGAUGACCCAGAUGCCCUCAGGUCCAGAAGACGGAAAGCGGAGCAGACGACCCAUUCAAGCGCCCAUCCCAUCCGAAACUGGGGCGACGUUGUCGUCGGAUGUUUUUUCCAAGGAUUGA